GCGGGACCCACUCUGCCUCCAGGAAGCUUGCAGUUCGGCAAGAAAUGCCGAGCAGCCGGCAAGCCACUCAGGCUGGUAGAUGCUGCAGUGAAGGGUGGUUGUGCUGGCUCUGGCUGUGGGAAGUGUGACUGCCAUGGAGUGAAGGGACAGAAGGGCGAAAGAGGCCUCCCAGGGUUGCAAGGUGUCAUCGGGUUUCCCGGGAUGCAAGGACCCGAGGGGCCGCAGGGACCACCAGGACAAAAGGGUGACACUGGAGAACCCGGGCUGCCUGGAACGAAAGGGACAAGAGGACCCCCUGGAGCAUCGGGUUACCCUGGAAACCCAGGACUGCCUGGUAUUCCUGGCCAAGACGGUCCCCCUGGUCCUCCAGGUAUCCCCGGCUGCAAUGGAACAAAGGGCGAGCCAGGGCCUCUGGGGCCCCCGGGUUUGCCUGGAUUCGCUGGAAAUCCUGGACCUCCAGGAUUACCAGGAAUGAAGGGGGAUCCAGGUGAAAUCAUUGGCCAUGUGCCUGGGACCCUGUUGAAAGGUGAAAGAGGAUUUCCUGGACCCCCAGGAACACCAGGCUCGCCAGGACUGCCAGGCCUGCAAGGUCCUGUUGGCCCUCCAGGAUUUACCGGACCACCAGGUCCUCCAGGCCCUCCUGGCCCUCCAGGUGAAAAGGGGCAAAUGGGCUUAAGUUUUCAAGGGCCAAAAGGCGACAAGGGUGACCAGGGGGUCAGUGGGCCUCCGGGAGUGCCAGGACAAGCUCAAGUUCAAGAAAAAGGAGACUUUGCCACUAAAGGAGAGAAGGGUCAAAAAGGUGAACCUGGAUUUCAGGGAAUGCCAGGGCUUGGAGAGAAAGGGGAGCCUGGAAAACCAGGGCCCCGAGGAAAACCUGGAAAAGAUGGCGAAAAAGGAGAAAAAGGGAGUCCAGGCUUCCCAGGCGACGCGGGGUACCCGGGACUUCCAGGCCGCGAAGGUUUCAGGGUAAGUGGCGACACUACAGGAGGUUUUCCUUCCGUCUGAGGUUCAGUUUGCAAAAG